GGGCGGUCAGUGUCGGGAGAGCUGGACCGCAGACGCCGCCGUCGUCCCGAGAGCCCGGCCGCCUCUGGAGCCCGCAGCCAGCGCGCUGUCCGCGAUGAGGGAGAUCGUGCACAUCCAGGCGGGGCAGUGCGGAAAUCAGAUCGGCACUAAGUUUUGGGAAGUGAUCAGCGAUGAACACGGCAUCGACCCGGCCGGAGGCUAUGUGGGUGACUCGGCGCUGCAGCUGGAGAGAAUCAGCGUCUACUACAAUGAGUCAUCCUCUCAGAAGUACGUGCCCAGGGCCAUCCUUGUGGACUUGGAGCCGGGAACUAUGGACAGUGUGAGGUCCGGCCCUUUCGGUCAGCUCUUCCGACCAGACAACUUCAUCUUCGGUCAAACUGGUGCAGGAAACAACUGGGCAAAGGGGCACUACACAGAAGGGGCCGAGCUGAUGGACUCGGUGCUGGACGUGGUGAGGAAGGAGUGUGAGCACUGUGCCUGCCUGCAAGGGUUCCAGCUCACCCACUCCCUGGGCGGGGGAACAGGGUCUGGCAUGGGUACUCUGCUCAUCAGCAAGAUCCGAGAGGAGUAUCCCGAUAGGAUCAUGAAUACCUUCAGCGUCAUGCCUUCCCCCAAAGUCUCUGACACCGUGGUGGAGCCCUAUAACGCCACCCUGUCCGUUCACCAGCUGGUUGAGAACACAGAUGAAACCUACUGCAUCGAUAAUGAGGCUUUGUAUGACAUUUGCUUCCGUACCCUGAAGCUAACCACCCCCACCUAUGGAGACCUGAACCACCUAGUGUCUGCCACCAUGAGCGGGGUCACCACCUCCCUGCGCUUCCCCGGCCAGCUCAAUGCCGACCUCCGCAAGCUGGCCGUGAACAUGGUCCCUUUCCCCCGCCUCCACUUCUUCAUGCCCGGCUUUGCCCCUCUGACGGCCAGGGGCAGUCAGCAGUACCGGGCCCUCACGGUGCCGGAACUGACUCAGCAGAUGUUCGACGCCAAGAACAUGAUGGCGGCCUGUGACCCAAGACACGGGCGCUACCUCACCGUGGCCACCGUCUUCCGGGGCCCCAUGUCCAUGAAGGAGGUGGACGAGCAGAUGCUGGCCAUCCAGAACAAGAACAGCAGCUACUUCGUGGAGUGGAUCCCCAACAACGUCAAGGUGGCCGUGUGCGACAUCCCGCCCCGCGGCCUCAAGAUGGCUUCCACCUUCAUCGGCAACAGCACGGCCAUCCAGGAGCUGUUCAAGCGCAUUUCGGAGCAGUUCUCGGCCAUGUUCCGACGCAAGGCCUUCCUGCACUGGUUCACAGGAGAGGGCAUGGAUGAGAUGGAGUUCACCGAGGCCGAGAGCAACAUGAAUGACCUGGUGUCAGAGUACCAGCAGUAUCAAGAAGCUACAGUUAAUGACGGAGAAGAAACUUCUGAGGAUGAAGAAGAGAUGGAUGAAUAGAGGAGCUUCCCUUUCACAAAUACUCAACACAGAUGUUAUUUCUUUAACCCUGGUGCAUCUUGACCCUGACUGCUGCCGGAGUGAUGCACUGCCUGAAUCUGUUGGUGGAGACCCUUUCCAGAUGCAGCAGUUGCAUUCUCUAUGGUGUGGAGUAAAGAAAGUACAUUAAACUAGCAGAGAAGUGGCAUCCCCCUCCCCCAGCAGAUCAGCUGUGGAGAUCCCCUCAAAAGGCCUGAGGGCCGGGGAGGGCUAACAACCUCACCUUCCACUGAGUGUUCACCCUGUCUGAGAAUCAGCAUGGAGGGAAGUUAGAGAAGUGUCCUUUCAUCCGUUGUGACUAAACCUGAAGCAGUGCAGUGUUACCUUGUCUGAAUACGCAAUGUAGAACUCUGAAACACUCCAGCCAUAAUAAAACACCAAACAUUGUU